AAAGUGCUCUCUGCUUUUAAAGUAUAUUUUUAGGUUAUGUUAUGAAUUAUGAUAGUAAUAUGAAAUUUUGUUUUUGUACUGCUCAGUAGAAUAAUUAAUAAUUCUUAUAUUUAUGUUUUCUAGUUUCUAACCUUUUGAUUUGCUCAACCUAUUGUUCUAUAUGUCUUAUUUCAAUUUUUUAGUAUCUAUUGCAUCCUUGUAGUUAAUUCUUCAAUAACUUAAUUCUUCAGAUAAGCUUAUUCAAUCAUAAUCCAGAGUCAUUAGGUGCUUGAUUAAUUUGCUUCUAUUUUAACAAAAAUAAUGAAUACUAAAAUGGAUGACUAUAUGAGAAUGCUCAAAUAUUUUCAAUGAUAAUUCCUGAUAACAAGUGCAAUUAUUGGGAAGGAGUUUCUCAUCACAAAGGCUGGCAAGGAAAUCAUGAUCUCAAUAUCGACACCGCACUACCCUUCUGUGAAAGAUAUGAUGAUUCAACCUGCAGCAUUACAACCAAAAAUGGAGGCCUUUCUCAAACAGAAGAAAAACAAGAACGUGUCCCUGACUGAGGUUUUGUUACAUCUACAGGAAUAUGAGGCACAAUCCAGUCUAAACGGAGAUUUCACAAACCUGAAAGAAUUGAAACAAACAACGAUCAGUAUGGUAGAGCGUUACCAUAGAAUACUAUCGGAGCUGAAAUGUUUGGACAGCUGGAAAAUCUCAGGAGUGGGCGACAAUCUGACCAGAUUCAGUCUAUCAGUGGUGGACUCCAGUGGCUACAAGCAUCGCAUGGACCUCAAGGUGCCCGACAACUACCCGCAAUCCCCACCAGUGGUCGAGUUCCUAGAUCUGCCCGACACUGUGAUGCACCGAAUCACCAGUUGCGACACCAUCACCCAGAUGUACGGCGCGUUUGUGGGUGCGGUGGGGGAGCUGGAGGUGUUCUGGAGGAUCUACGAUGAGAUCAGGGGCAGUUGUUGGGUGAUCGAUCCGGCCGUGUCCCACAAGAAAGACACCUACUGUCGGAUUGUGAUCGAUCAGACCACUUCGAUCAUUGUCACUCUCAACCCGUUGUUUCCCAACGCGUGUCCUGAGGUGAAGUUUCUUGGCCCCGAAAAGGAUGUCCUACCUUUGAGGACUAACAUGCAACGUAACUUGAAGAUACACGGGUGGGACGAGGGACAGUUUUUCGUCGACAACCUAACCACUCUGAUGGAAGUAGGAGAGCUGCCAUUGGCUCCCAGUCAGAACAGCGGUGACCAACCAGAGGAGAGCUCUCAACUGUUGGUUGAUGGCGAGGAGUGCAUGAUCUGUUUCGCGCUGAGAUCUGACGAUGAUCUGCUACCGGCUAAGAUCUGCAACAAUGAGAAAUGUGCCUCGUUGUUUCAUGUAUCGUGCCUCAUCCAGUGGCUUCACGCGGUACCGACCAAUGAGCCCAGUUUCAAUCUUAUCUCGGGUGAUUGUCCUCAUUGCGGAGAGAAAAUACUAUGUCCCAUCAAAGUCGCCUAGAGAUGCAAUAGCAUCAAAGCUAUGCAGUUUGAGAAGCAACUGCAGUGAAAUUGUAAAAACUUCAUUUCGAAUCAAAUACAAAAUGUGGAAAGUGCACGUAUAAUGGUAAAGAAUAUGAACAAGGAGCGAUUUGGCAGGUAAAAGGAGUAUGUAAACAGAUGAUAUGUGGGCGCCAAGAUGAAAAACAUAUGCUAAUCACGCAUGAAACUUGCGGUGCUGCAUCUGCGGGAUCAGGAAUGGAGAAAGUUCCAGGUGAUUCUAGCUUGCCCUAUCCUGAUUGCUGCCCUAGAAUUGUUCGCAAGUCUGAAACCCCACAUCAUGCCUAAAUUAACAUAACCUGUACAAACCCCUGGUACCAGCUAUCCAGCCAUAUCACAAACUAAUUGUAUGCGUGCCAUGAUUCAAUCUGUAAUGUAUUGAUGUCAAUAUUGAUUGUAAUCUUGAAUAAUUGUUUGUCUUUCUUAAAUAAUUUUGAAUGUUUAUGUGUUGUCAGUGAUCAAUAAAAAAGUUGGAUCCUUAUAAUAAUUU